UAGCGACACCGGAAACGAAUAGAUAGAGAGAAGAGAUUAAAGUUGGAAGCGACAGCGAGGGAACACGUCUCCAAAUGUGGUCCGUGUAAAAAUGGGGGACACACGGAAGAACACGAAGCUCCUUCAAAUUUCUUCAUUUCGUCUAUGCAGUUACAUCUAUCGGUUUCGAUUCUCUUUUUUGUAAGCUCUAAUUAAGUUUGCUCGUACUUGUACUGUAAUCGAUCCCUUAUGGCUGUGAACGCUUCUUCAUUUUCUGGAACUUCUAGCGGUUUCGACGAUAUCGUAGAGUUCGUCUUGGAAAAUGAAGGACAGGACGGCAUGUCGUGGGAUCGAUUUAAUCAGGUUUUCAAUCUGAUCCAGAAAGGCAAUAAAGAAUUUCGAGAAAAUAAAUUCCAAGAUGCAAUCAAUUCUUAUUCUAAAGCUCAUAACUUAAAGCCAGGAGAUCCUAUUAUUCUCAGCAACCGAAGUGUUGCUUUUAGCAGGAUGAGUCAAUUCCUGAGAGAUAGACCUGCAACUGCUUCUGAAUAUAGCCCAUUGAAUGGACUGGAUCCUACAACGCAUGCUGAACUUGCAUUGAAGGAUGCGGAGAAGGUGAUGAGCAUUCAAAGUAAUUCGCCAAAAUCAUACUUUCUAAAGGCUAAAGCUCUCAUUUUGCUAGAACAAUAUGAGGAGGCUUACGAUACUCUUCUUACAGGUCUUCAGGUUGAUCCCCUUAGCAAUCCCCUUCAGGUUGUUCUUCGAGAUCUAGAAAGAAUAACAUUGAGUUUGAUCAGAAAGAGAAAACAUGGCAUACCACAACGUACUGAUGACUUUGAUUGCACUCUUUGUUUGAAGUUGUUGUAUGAGCCUAUAACAACUCCUUGUGGGCAUUCUUUUUGCCGCCCGUGUCUAUUUCAGUCUAUGGACCACGGCAACAAAUGUCCAAUGUGCCGAACAGUUCUAUUCAUUAGUCCGAGGACAUGUUCAAUAAGUGUGACACUGAACAACAUAAUACAAAAGAACUUUCCAGAGGAAUAUGCUGAAAGGAAGUCAGAGCAUGACAGCUUGACAAAUUCAGGUGUUGAUUUGAUGCCCCUCUUUGUCAUGGAUGUUGUCCUCCCAUGCCAGAAGUUGUCGCUCAAUAUAUUUGAACCUCGCUACAGACUUAUGGUUAGGAGGAUCAUGGAAGGAAAUCACCGGAUGGGAAUGGUUGUCAUUGAUUCUACAACAGGUUCCAUAGCUGAUUUUGCUUGUGAAGUGGAAAUAACUGAGUGUGAACCCCUUCCAGAUGGACGUUUCUAUCUAGAGGUUCAAGGUCGUCGAAGGUUUCAUAUCGUCAGAUCUUGGGAUCAGGAUGGGUAUCGUGUUGCAGAGGUUGAAUGGAUUCAAGAUAUUUAUCCACAGGAAGGGACAAGGGAGAUGGAAGAUUUACGAGAAGUGGCCAGUGAGGCAGCAGACUUUGCUCGCUCAUGGAUAAGACGGGCUAAGGAAGCAACACGAGCAGAUUGGAGAUCAAGACGAUUGGAACUAGUUCAAGCUGAGGCAAUGCCCACACCUCAGGAUCCUGAGCGCUUCAGUUUCUGGCUUGCUAAUCUCUUGAACCUAAGACCAGCAGAUAGAUUGGCACUCUUGUGUUUAAGAGAUACAAAAGAGAGGAUACAGCGUGGGCUUAUUUAUCUUAGAGCUGAGGAACAGGGCUGCCGAAUGCAGUGACAGAAAUGGUUGUGUAACCAUUUUUUGAUGUUACCUAUUUAUAGAUGGAUAUAUGAAUCUCAAUUGAUUUAUAAGAUUCAUAUUCUUUUGAUCCACCCGAUUCUGUCUGUGGAAACCUUAUUGUAACAAUGGUUACUGUUCAACUCCAUUCCCUCUUUUAUGAGAUGCUGUUCUCACUCUUGUUACUGUCUUGUAUUCUCCUCAGAUUAAGAAAAAUUCUUAUCCAAUACAUCACUUGCAGCAAGGUG